AUGCCACAAUCAAAUCUUGAUAUUGCAAUGGUGAAAAAACAAAAAGUGAAAAAUAAAAAUCAACCAGCAAAAUCAUUUCGCUUUUUAACGUUGAAUGAACGAUUAAAUUCGAUCAAUAUCAAUGUUGUCCAUCGUAUCAAAUAUGACUCGGAUCAACUGCAACAACCACAAACUGAUACAACUGUUGCUAUUAUUCAUUCAUCUUAUUUUUAUGAUUCAUUACAACAUUGGUAUGGUUUAAACUAUUCCGAGUCAUUUACAUCUCUCUAUCAAGAAUUAGUGCCAUUAGCAAUAUCAUUAGAACAAAUUGUUUAUCAUCAAGAUAAAAUUGUCAACAUCUUACUUCGUUAUUUAAACGAACAUAAUAUUCUAACAGUUCAGACUUUACUAGAUUUAAUUGUCCAAUUAGCUAGAGAUUUACAACAGGAUUUUUAUGUCUAUUACAAAGCAAAAUUAUUCUCAGAAAUCGUUCAACUAUUAAAUGUGAAAUAUGCCGAUACAAAUAGUUUGGAAAUAAAUACCGUUAUUUUAGAAUAUGUAUUUCAAUGUUUAACAUAUUUAUUCAAGUAUUUGUGGCGUACUAUGCUUAAAGAUAUGCGAGAUGUUUAUGAAUUGUAUUCAAAAUAUUUAUUUUUAUCAUCAGCAAAUACAAAUCAACAAUAUAUUCGAACAUUUGCAGCUGAAUCAUUUGCAUUUUUAUUAAGAAAAAUAGAAAACUUUCAACCAUUUAUCGAUUAUUUGUUUGAUCAAAGAUUAGUUGGUAUCAACAAAGAUGAGAAUCAAAGUUUACAUACUGAUGAUGAUAAUGAACUCGAAUGUUUAUCUCUACUUUUUUACGAAACAUGCUCGAAUUUACAACACACAUUUCAUUCAUGCACCAAAACAUUAUUGUCUUGUCUAUUGAAUAAAAUUGUUGAACAACGAGAAAAAUCAUUAAUAAAAUGUGAAACAUGCUUUUAUCGCACAUUUGAGCUCUUAAUUAAGCACACAAAUCAAGAAAAUAGCCAGUUGUUGUGGACAUGUUUAUUGAAUGUAUAUCAAACAACAAUUGUCAAUAAUAAACAAAUAAUUGAAAUAUGUCAACCAUUUUAUAAAUGUAUGAAAUUACUUAUUCAACAUCAAAAUGAGCAAAUAACGUCUGAAGAAAUUACAUCAUGUACUCAAUUUUUAACAAUGAUUAAUCCAAAUAUUCUAUCUGAAAAUGUCGAUAAAGAUUUUUUGAUAUGUCAUUAUUCGCUUGUUUAUCAAUUGAUGCAGUGUACAAACAAAAUGACUGAUAAUUAUAUACAUCGACAUGUUGUUGAAAUAAACUAUCGUUUUGUGCAAUACACACCUGUCGAACUAUUAUUUGAUCAUACAAAACAAAUAUUUGAGAAUGAUUUAACAAAUAAAUAUUCAUCAAUGAAAGAAUUUCAUUAUCAUCUAUGGAAUCAUUUACUAGCAAAUUCAAUAAAUGAGGAACAAUUAAUAAAUUGGAUUGUUGAAUAUGUGAUUAUGAUGAGAAAGAAAAAUAAUCAAAUUCUUUUACCAAACGAUAGAAAAGAUUUAGUAAGAAUUAAACUGGAUAAUAGUUCAAAGUAUUUAUCAACAUAUAUGCCAGAGAAAGGUUUAACUUUAAUUGAAAAUUUUAAUAUGCAAAUAUUCCAUGAAACCGUGGAAUUUUUUCAAGCAUCAUCAACACAAGUUUCCAAUCCAUUCAUUAUAUUCAGUCGUUUAUGGCGUUCAUUUAUACUCUUAUCAUCCGUAUCUCUGUCCGAUAAACUAUUGUCAUAUUUGGUUACAAAACUCAAAUCGAUAUUAUCAUCUUUUAUUGAGAAAAUAAUGUGUGACAAUCAAGUUUCUGUUAUAAAGCCAUCUUUAUUCUCAUUAACUCUAAUUGAAACAUUACAUUUUGUUUAUAAUAAUUGUUUUUCAACAUUGAACGAUCUAUUCAUCUCUAAUAUUUCAUUUUGGUAUAAAUUUAUUCAAUGUUCAAAUUCUAUUGAAUCCGAACAUGUUUUACAUUGUGUUAAUGUAGCCAUGACAUUGAACCAAAAAAUUAAAAAUGAUAUUUAUCGUGAAAAAUUUUACAAUUUAUUAAAAGAUAAUCUCUCGUCGUUUCAAUCAAAUAUUAGACUAUUAACAUUAAAUAUUUUGGCAGCAUUUGAUCAUCCUACAAGAAUUGCAAAAAUCAAAACAAAACAGGAACAACAAAAUGGUAUAACUGAUAAUGAAGAAUGUGAAGAAAAUGAUCGAAAACGUUUAAAAACUGAACAAUUAUCUGUAUUUGAUGUGUGUUCACAAAUUGAACAAAUUGAAUUAAGUGUACAUGAUUAUCGUGAUAAAGUUGUUCAUUUGCAAAAAUUAGAGACUGAUUUUCUGUUCUUCACCACAAAAUAUGAAUAUGAUGUACCACUAAGAUAUUUAUUAGGUUUAUUAAGUGUUAAUUUUACACCCAUCUGGAAAUUGAUCACAGAAAUAAUUGGUUCAUAUGGUGCACAUGAUAUGAUAGUAAAAAUUGGUAAACAAAUAUUUUGGAAUAUUAUCAAUGAGAAACUCUUAAAUGUUACAGAAAUGAUUCGUACAGAAAAAACAUCAUCUGUUCUUCUUAUUGAUAAUCAUGACGAUCUUCUGUUAAAUUUUUAUAUUGAACAGAUUAAAAUAAAGGAAAAUGAAUUACAAUUGUAUGUUACUAAUGAAAAAUCUAUCGAUUAUAUUCAAUAUAGAAUUAAUUUAUGGAAAAUAAUGGAACAAUUUCCGAAUGAAUGUGAAGCCAAAACAAAAUUGCUUGUACCAAUGAUAUUAGAUUUUUUCCAUCAUGAAUAUUAUGAUAGAAUAUUAGUAGUGGAUUUGCAAUCUUCGUCAAACAAAAGUUCAUUUACUACCGAUCUUGCUCAUACAACGAUUCGCCGUUUAAAUCGUCAUUUAUCAUUAAAGACGUUAGAAUCAAUAUUAAAUGUACUCAAACAUUUUCGUCAUAGUGAACAAUGGUAUAACGGAGAAUAUUUGUAUCAAUUUUAUUUACGUUUAUUAAUGUCAUCUGAUAAUCGUAUUCAACAAUUAGCUUAUGAAUGUUUAUUGACAUGUACACGUUUAAAAUGUUCAGAAAUUAAAUCCGAUUUUCUUUUACAUCAUAAAGAUGAAUUUUUACCCAUAUUUGAUAAUGCUACAACACGUAAAUGUUUUUACGAUAUAAUUGCACGUAUGACGAAUGAUAAUCAAGAAUUGAAUGUAUCAUUAAAACAUCAAUAUUCAUUUAUUCUUAUUCGUAUACUCUACAGUAAAUUAAAUCAAAAACGUUUAAGUUCAACAACACGUGGUAGACACGAUUAUAUAGAAACAAAUAGAAAAUUUUUAUUACAAUUUUUAAUUACCUAUUCAUCAACUAGUAUUUAUAGACAAGAAAUGAUUUAUUUUCUAAAAUUAAUAUUAGAACCAUUCAAGGAAGAAUUGUUUGAAACUGACGAGACAAAAGAUUGGUAUGAAACAUUUCUUAUCAAAUUGCAAAUAGAUGACCAGCAACAACAACAACAACAACAACAGGAAGAAGCCUAUGAAUCAUUUACAAAACGAUUACAUCAUUCAUUAUCAUUAUUAAAAACAUUUGUCUCAAAGUUAGGAAAAUAUAUGGUAUCUUAUAUUGAUUAUUUAUUAAAAUUCUAUGCAUUAUCCAUCAGAUACGUUGAUUAUUUUUCCUCAAAACAAUUAUCAUCACAGUCGUUACGUUUAUUAUUGAAAAAAAUUCGUUCACUCUCCUACAAUGGUUUACAAAUAAUUACACGUUUAUUUGGUGAUAAUGAUGAGAUAUAUUCGACAAAAAUGAUUGAUUCUUUAUGGUUAUGUUGUGUAAAACAAUACGUAAAAGAUUUAAAACAGGCAAAACAACGAGCUGAUAUUGUACAUUUAUUGAAAUUAAUUGGAGAAUGGAGUUGUUCAUCAUAUUUGAGAAAACAAUUUUUAUUAAAUUAUGAAUUAUAUCGAAUUGAUGAUGAGGAUGAGGAUGGAAAAAAUGAUUAUUUCAAUACAAAAAUAUCGAAAGUAGAUAUAGAGAGUGAGAAUAAUUAUUCAUUAAUGAAGGCAUGUACAAAUAUAUUGAAUGAUACACAUUAUUCAUACAAAGAUAAACAGUUUGUGAUUGAAAUUAUAUGGAAUUUAACACAAACGGAUGAAGAUGUGGAAGAUACCAACAUUGGUUUGAAAAUAAUAUUACCUCAUAUUCAUUCUGUUUUAACUUAUUUAACAACUGUCUCAAAUUCAAUGAUUAAUAAGAAAAUAUCUCGUAUUAGUCUAACAUUAAAAGAGUUUGAUAUAUUAGUAGUUUUAUGUUCAUAUGUUGAUAACAAUGAAGUGUGUGAACAAUUAUGUUCAAUAUUAGUACGGGUUCUAAGACAAAAUAUAUUAAAAAAACAAAAAAUUUCAAAAGACAAAAAAAAUAAACAACCACAACAAAUUAAUGUGGCAGUAUUAAAAGUUUUACAAAAAUUAUUUAGUUACGUUAAUGAACCAUUGAAAUAUGUCAAUUUAUUAGCAAUACUAUGGUUAAAAAUAAUUGCACGAGAUCAACGUGCACAACUAUCAAAUCUAUUUCAAACAUUACUUAAUCGUAUUCAAUCUCAAGAAAAUCAAAAUGCAACUGAAAUUCGUUCAGUAUGGUAUCUUGAACGUUUAAUUGCUUUAAAUUCUUGGAACUCGAAACAAAUUGAAGAACCAGAUUAUGAACGACGUUUAGAGAGUUAUAAAGAAUUGACAAAUUAUUUUCAAAAAACAGAUUUCUCUCAUUAUCAACAAGAAGAGGGUGACACAAAUUUAUUAUUAUGUUUAUUUUAUACAUGUCUUUAUGAGUUAAAUAAUUCGAGUGAAUUAGCUUUAAGAGAAUGUUCAUCAUCAGUAAUUGAACAAUUUAUUCGACAUAUGACGAAAUUUCGAUUAAUUUUAUUAGCUGAAAUACGUUCAAUAUUGAAACAUUGUUCACAAGAACUUGUACGAAAUGAAUAUAUUCGAUAUUUAGCAUUAAUUAUUGAGUAUGAUGAUAGUGACGAAUUAAAAGAAUUAAAACGUUUAAAAAACAACGAAAAUAUUGAUCAAGAUUUUUUUGAAAAUAUUCGUCAUUUACAAAUCCAUCGUCGAUUGAGAGCGUUAAAACGUUUAAAAUUGUUAAAUGAUGACGAACAAUUUUCUCAGAAUACAAUUUCUCAUUAUUUAGUACCAAUCGUUUGCUCAUUUAUAAAUGAUGUAUUGCGAAUGAAUAGUACUGAUAGUGGUUAUACAGUGAAUGAUGAUGUUUAUAUGUGUUUAACUCAUUUAUGUAAACAGUUAUCCUGGAUAAAAUAUCAACAGUUAUUUGUACAAUAUUUUCGACAAUUAACAUCGGCUACAAAAGUGUUGAAUACUCCACAAAAGCGUUGUUUGGCAAAAACAAUCAAUGCAAUUGUUGAUGCAUUCCAUUUUGAUCUAACAAAGAGUGAAAACUCAACCAGUGAAGAUUUAUCCAUGGAUCGCAUAUCUCGAACAAUUCGUGAACGUUUAUUACCAAUGAUUUUAACAUUGUUAAGUCAAAAUUCAUUUUCUAUCGAUGGUCUAUUAUCCAAUAGUAAAGAUACUUCUAAUAUAGAGGAAAAACAACAACAAACUGACAAUACAACUAUCGAUGAACAACGUCAACAAGCUGUAUUAGUCACUACAACAUGUUCUCUAAUAUCAAUUAAAAUUUUAUCAUAUUUUCCAUCUGUUUAUAUUGAACAAUAUUUAUCUACAAUUUUGUUACAUCUUAUACAAUUAUUACGUUCACGACUCUAUUCUAUUCGUGAACAAGCACGUGAUUAUUUGAUAAAAUGUAUUCGAAUAUUAGGAAAACGUUAUUUAAAAUAUAUUAUACAAGAAAUAUGUGAAAAUUUAAAACGUGGUUAUCAACAUUUUGUAUGUUUACACACUGUUCAUUCAAUACUUAUUCAUCUAUCAACAACAACAUCAGAACAAAAUGAUAAUGAUAUUGAUUCAGCCAUACAAUUAAUUGUUCAAUUAUUUACAGAUGAUUUAUUUAAUGAUAAAACUGAAUCAUCCAAAGCAUCCGAACAUGAAAAUUCUGUUUAUAAACCAUCAAAUGUACCUGAAGCAAAAACAAAUAAAACUUAUAAUGCCUACGAAUUAAUUGGUCAAAUGUUAAAAUCACCAAAAGAAUUGUAUACAUGUAUUGAACCGUUGAGAAAACAAUUAGAAGUUACAAAUGAUUCAAAACAAAUAAAUAAAUGUGAAAAAUGUUUAAAACGUUUUCAACAAGGUUUAAUUACUAAUUCAAAUUUAGACAAUGAUAUUUUAUUUAUAUUUACAUAUACUUUACUAAAACAAACGAGUAGUAACGAACAAGAUAUUGACAACAGUGAGAAUAAGAAGAAAGAGAAAGAGAAAUUAAAAGCGGCAUCAGUUACAACGAGUUGUUAUUUAAUACCAGCUGAACCAAAACGUGAUCGACGGAUACAAAUGGUUAAAACAAUGAAAAAAACAAAUUUACAUUGUUUAACAACGUGGUUGUUACAAUUAUUGGGUCGAUUAAUAAAACGUCAAAAACUAGUUGAAGAACAACAACAACAACAACAACAAAAUGAGAAAUUAAUAUCAAUGUUAGAUCCAUUUGUUCAUUAUAUUGAAACAUGUCUCAAUCAAACACAAUAUAUUGAUGUUACAGUAGCUGCACUAAGAAAUUUAGCAUCAUUAUUACAAUACAAAUUACCAUCAUUAGAUAAACAACGAAUUACAAACAUGUACAAAAAAGUAUUUGAUCUACUUAAAACAUAUAUAAUGAAUACUCAACGUUCAAAUGGUAGUGAUAUGAAUGAUUUAUUAACGUUAUGUUAUAAAAUUUUAAGUUAUUUUGUUCAACGUUCAUCUAGUGAUAAUAUUCAGUUAUCCGUCGAUGAAUAUCAAUGUCUAUUUAACUAUAUUGAAUCAGAUUUAUUAAAUCAAAAUCGUCAAACAAGUGCAUUUGUUCUAUUACGUUCAAUAAUGAAACAUACUAAAGAACAAAUAAAUAUUCACAAAGAAUUACGACAACAAUUAGAUGAUUUAAUAACAACAAAAAUAAUGGUUAUGUCAGUUCAGAAUCCCUAUGAACGUAUUCGUACAUCAUGUCGUGAAAUCUUUCGUAUUUAUCUAUUCGAUUAUGAACCACAUUCAAAACAAAAGCUAAAAACUUAUUUUGAUUUUUAUUUACUACAAAUUGAUUAUAAAAAUGUUGAUGGACGAUUAUCAGCCAUACACGUUCUUCAAUCAAUUUUCAAUGAUUUAUCUAAACAACAAUUGCAGUCAUAUUCUACGUAUUUUUUUCUACCAAUUGUUUGUCAUUUGUACAAUGAAACAGAUGUAGAAUGUAAAAAAUUAUUGGUUAAUACUAUUAAAGUACUAUUAAUAAAAUUAGAAAAACAGCAACGAAAUGAUCUGUUUAUAAACAUUGUGUUAGUUUGGACGAAGGAAACAGAAACUAUUGAACAUCGAUGUCUGGCUAGUCAAUUGAUUAUCCGAUUUAUUGAGGUUGAUAAAGAGAAUUUUGAUCAGUAUGUUAAUGAUAUAUUCGAUUUUAUUCAACGAGAAUUUGAAAUAGAAAAUAAUAGUAUUCAAGAUGAUGAUGAUUUACAACGAUUUUAUGAUCAUUAUUUCUAUAAUCUAUUAAAUAUUUUGUUGAAAAUUUCUAUAGAAUGUGAAAAUGCAUUGCAUCUUAAACAACUAAGAUCAAAAUGGUUAUUAUUAUUAAAAAUUAUUGAUGAAAAAUUUCUUUUACAUCCACAUUUGUGGAUUCGUUUAAUAACAACACAAUUGUUGGGCAUAUUCUUUUCAGCUAGUCAGCCAACCUAUAUGGCCGAAAAGAUUCAUCGUCUUCAAGGUAUAUCUUCGUCAACAAAAUCACAACAACUUAAUACUGAACCAUUAUUUCUUCAUUACAUUCUUCUUGAUAAAUCUCCAAUAACAAAAAUACAACGUCUCUGUAUAUGUUCAUGUUCUCAGUUAAAACCGUCUGGUAUCAGUCAAGAAUUAAGUGAACAAGUGACAAAAAAUCUUAUAUAUUUAUCAAAAAUUGCUUUACAUUAUGAACUUCUUAUUAAUGAUGACAAUGAUAAAGAGGAAAUAUGUUCAAUAAUAGUAGCAAGAUGUUGUCGUUUAGCCACAUUUGAAUCAACAAAACAUCCAACCGAAACUAGUCGACGUUCAAGUAUAUUAAAAUGGAUGGCUGCUUUGGCAUUAGAACAUGGUACUCAUAUAAUAAAAUAUUUGAAACAAUUAUUAUCAAUAAUCGAAAGAGAAAUUGAAAGAAUAUCGAUAACGGAUGAUAAAACAAGUUUAAAAACAUUAGCUACUGAUGUAUUUGAUGUAUUUAAAAAAUAUAUUGGUCUUCAUAUAGUAACGGAAACAUAUGCCGAACUCGUUACAGAACGGCGAACAAAACGUUUUGAACGAAAACAAAAAUCAGCUGUGAUGGCUAUUAAUCAACCAGAAAUUGUUUACAGAAAAAAGCGAAAAAAACAAACAAAACGAAUUGGAUUAGGAAAGAAAAAACGAACAAAACAACAGUCAGGAAAAAAACAGCAGACAAUAAUUAACGGACACGAUAAAAACGAUUUUUAG